AUGGUGUCCAAUAUCCCCAGCAACUUCGAAGCCAUUCGAGACCAAUUAUUCGAGUUUGACGUCGAAACCUCCAAUGACCUAAAUCGUGAUUCGCCAGACGACAGUGCUCGUCUCAGCGGAGAGUCUUACACCGCUUCAUUGGCCCAGAAAACCUUAUCAGUCUCAUCAAAUUUUCUUUUCGAUGAGCCUGCCCCCGGCAUUGAGUCAUCUACAGAUAGAGGAAACGGUGGACAGGAUAUGCAGGACGGCUCAAGCCUUGCUCCGCAAACUCAUCAGCGGAAACUGGUCGCAUUGCACGCACCUUCAACUUUGCCAAUUCCAGUAGUACGAUCGCCAUCCGAGCACUCUCAUCAAACUGGGAGUAAAACAACAGAAGAAGCUGAGACCUUGAGCAAUACCCUUUUGGUCAGCUCAGAAAACGCGGAGAAGUUCUUGGAGGCUCGUUCACUGAGUUUGGAGCACGGACCCACGUUUGCAAACUGGUUGGAGCAGGCGGAGUUGGACAGCUCCAAAAGUCUAACGCUUUGUGAUGGGUAUUCGAACAUGUCUCAAGACUGGGGCGAUUCCCCCUGUAUAGCAUCUUACUUUUGA